AUGACUGAUAAUAUCUCUGUCGAAAAUAUGCAACAGAUGCUUUGCAACAAGGAGCUGUCUAUGACAGAGCGUUUUCGGGGAAUGUUCACCCUGCGUGAUCUAGGCGGCAAGAAAGCUGUAGACAGUUUGCUCAUCUGCCUAGACGACCCAUCAGCACUGCUAAAACACGAGGCAGUAUUUUGUAUUGGACAGAUACAAGACCCAUACGCCAUACCAUAUCUUAUCAAAAUAUUGGAAGACACAAGUCAUGAACCAAUAGUGCGACAUGAAGCAGCUGAAGCACUUGGUGCUAUUGGUUCGAACGCAGUGCUUAAUAUACUUGAAAAGUAUAGAUUUGAUCCAGUGAUAGAGAUUGCUGAGACCUGUCAAUUGGCACUGGCAAGAAUCAACUGGUUGAAUAGUAAUAAACAUAUUCAAGUCGAGAAUCCAUACAAAAGUGUUGAUCCUGCUCCAGCAUCAGAUGACGACAAUGUUGAGUCAUUGAAAAGCACAUUGCUGGAUGAGUCGUUACCAUUGUUUGAUCGAUAUAGAGCUAUGUUUGCAUUAAGGAAUAAGACAAGCGAAGAAUCAGUCCUUGCACUUGCCGAAGGCAUGAAAGCCAGUAGCAUACUGCUGCGACACGAAUUGGCAUUUAUACUUGGGCAAAUGAGAAACAAGGCUGGCAACGCACUUGGAAAAAAUGCUGAUAACACGAUAGUUACAGUGUUGACUGACGCGUUGAAAAAUUCUAACGAGAGUCCAAUCGUUCGCCACGAAUGUGCGACUGCUCUGGGAGCAAUGGAUAAAAAGGAUUGUAUGCAGGUCUUGAAAGAAUAUUUGCAUGACGAAGAGGCUGUUGUCAGUGAAAGCUGUCAGCUUUCAUUAGAUGUGUAUGCUCACUCAUUACUUAGCAAGUGA